UGCUGACACAGGGACAACGCACAGAAAGGAGUUGCUGUGCUGAUUGAUACUGGCUCGUCAGGUAUUUGAGGAGAGAUGAAGAAGAAGAGGAAGAGAACAGGAGCUGCUGAAGUGGAGGGACUGAUAGUACCAUAGGGCUCACAAUCUUUUUUUCAAGACCUACAACAUGGGAAUCACAAAAUUACAUGGACUGGCUGUUCUCGUGACAGCAGGAAUCACUGGAGUGAUCUGGUACCACCACCCUUUAUCCCCAUCCCAUGACCAGGAACCCACAGCUUCCCCUGAAGAAGCAAUAUUGCUUAUGAGCAACAUGAAUCAGAGCUCGUGUCAGCUUUCACGACAAACAGACUUAAAUGAACCAUCUCCAAUGCUUCCAAGCAUAUUAUAUCCUCAACCAAUUCUGACAAAACCACGGAGGCGAGAUGUUCUGGUGUUGACACCUUGGCUGGCUCCGAUUGUCUGGGAAGGCACAUUCAAUAGAGACAUCCUGAAUGCCCAGUAUAUGCAGAAGAACCUGGUCACUGGAGUGGUCACUUUUGCUGUUAAAAGAUAUAUCCAGUUCAUAGAAGGGUUCAUGAGCUCUGCCAACAAGUACUUCCUUGCUGGGCACCAGGUGAACUUCUACUUGUUCACAGACAAUCCUGAGCAGAUCCCUCACCUUCAGAUGGCCCCUGAGAAUCACCUCUUUGUCAUCCCUGUCCAGAAUCACUCAGGGUGGCAGGACAUCUCCAUGAGCCGUAUGGAUAUCAUCAACAGAUACAUCCACAACCAAUUCCAGUAUGAGGUCGACUAUCUCUACUCCAUAGACAUUGAUGUCCAGUUAUUUGAACACAUUGGUGUGGAGAUCAUUGAUACCCUGGUGGGGACCAUCAGCUCCAGGCAGUACACAGCACGUCGUGAGAGAAAAUCAUAUGAGACACGCACUGAGUCACAAGCUGCUAUCCCCAGAGGAGAAGGGGACUUCUAUUAUACAGCAAGCUUCUAUGGGGGAAGUGUGUGUGAGGUCUACAAACUGACCAGAGACUGUUUUAAAGGGGUCAUGAAGGACAGAGAAAAUGGCAUUGAAGCUAGGCAGCAUGAUGAGAGCCACCUCAACAAGUACCUCCUGUAUCACAAGCCCACGCGCCUGCUGUCCCCAGAGUACUACUGGGAUGAAGAGCUAAGUCAGCCCCCCAUCAUCCGGGUGAAGAGGAUGUGCCCUGUGCGCAAGGACAGCAAGAACUAAACUUCUGAAACAAAGAAAGUAAGAAAAGACAGAUCAUCAACAUCUAGACACCAAAACUGAUGUGGAGUUUAUAAAGUCAUUAAUUUACCUUUCUGCACUUCUGAUGCCAAUAGGAAAGGCCAAAUUAUGUUGUUUAUUGACAUUUUUCUCUAUUAACCUGAUUUUAUUCCAGAGUUCUGGUGGUAACAAAGCAAUGGUUUAUUUCUCUUUUCAGUCAUUGUUGCUUUGUAGUCAUGAUUCCAUUGUCUUCAGUACUCGCCACUCCUGGGAGGCCAGCAUCAAUAUCCAUGUGGACCAUGCUGUCCCAUCAUGUGUUCUUGCCUCUAAUUUUGUAAUCAUUCAGAGUAAUUAGUCCAAGCAUUUCUUCCUUUUCUUCUUCCUUACCCUACAACAUAUUCAGCAUCGUUUUAACCUUUCCUUGAGUUAUGCUUCUUUUCAGCCUCUUUGCCACAACAUCAUUCACUGUACCCACUCACCAGCAAAGUUAAUAAUCCCAACAAAAGAUGUUUCAAUGCUGUCUUAAUCAGUUUAUUUUAAGAAGUCUGGAUGUAUUGAGGUGCCAGGAAAAAAAAACCCUAAUGUAAAAGUACCAGGUCUGUUAUGGACCUUAGAGACGCGUACCGCUCAUGAUCUUUCGUUCUGUACGGUCCUAUGGCAUAAGAGUUCUUACAGGUUAGUAUGACCGGUGAUAAUAUAAACACAAAGUCCCAGAGUAAACAAUGCUACAAUUUCUAAGAAGAAUCCUGUUUAUACCGUUCGUCUCAAAGCAAGACCACCCUCUCCAAAAGCUUACAACCUAUUCCAAUGCUAUUACAAGGCUGUUAUUGGGCUAAUUUUUACAUACUACAUUUCUUACCCGGUCUGUUGUUUAUAAAUCCUUACAUUCUUAAGUAUAUCCUCCACUGUACCAGAUAGUAUUUAUCUAUUUUUUUUCUACAAACUACUUGUUCGGCCAUUUCUUAGUGAAAAAGAGCAAUCAUAUUUUGCAAGUGGUAUAAGUUCUCUGAAAGGAGGUUGUGGAGAGGAGGGAGCUGGGCUCUUCUCCCAAGUGACAGAGGACAGGACAAGAGGGAAUGGCCUCAAGCUGCGCCAGGGGAGGCUCAGACUGGAUAUCAGGAAAAGAUUUCUCACAGCAAGGGUGAUGGGGCCCUGGCAGAGGCUGCCCAAGGAGAGGGUGGAGUCACCAUCCCUGGAGGGGUUUAAAAGAUGGAUAGAUGAGGUGCUCAGGGAUAUGGUUUAGUGGCAGACAGAAAUGGUUGGACUCAGUGAUCCAAGAGGUCUUUUCCAACCUGGUGAUUCUAUGACUCUAUGAUUCUAAGUUCAAUUCAGCAAGACCCUCCAUUUAAUGCUAAAACUUCCAUUUUGUAAAAACACAAGUAGUCAAAAUCUCACGAGUGUACCUGAAGCCUGAUGUGCAUCUAAAUUGAGAUGAGAGGACAUCGUGACUGACAUAGAUCAGGGUGAAGCCUGAAGAUUAGGUUUUUAAUAUAGCAUCUUAAUGUAUUCUUGGCAGGUUAGACUUGAAGGAUCAGUGUGAAAUUGAGGGUUAACACUGGGGCCUACAGGAAAGCUGGGGAGGGGCUCUUUAUCAGAGAGUGAAGAGAAAGGGUGAGAGGGAAAGGCUGGAAGCUGAAAGAGGGGAAUUGAGAUGAGAUCUUAGGAAGACUUUUUUUCCCAUGAGGGUGGGGAGGCCCUGGCCCCGGGUUGGCCAGAGAAAUUGUGACUGCCCCAUCCCUGAAGGUGUUCAAGGCCAGGCUGGAUGGGGCUUGGAGUAACUGGAUGCAGUGGGAGGUCUCCCUGGAACUGGAUGGGCUUUGAGGUCACUUCCAACCUAACCCAACCCGGUCUAUGAUUCUAUGGUUCUAUACAUGAAAGUAGAACAGCACAUGUCAAAAAAUAGACCUUUCAAGGGAAGUAAUUUAACAAGGGUGGAUGAAGGGUGAAUGGAAUUAGGGAGAAUUCCAUUGUCCUUGUCUACAAAACAUUCAGUCUUGCUUUGGUUAUUGGGUCACUAUAAAGCUCAGUCAUUUUCAUGAUCAUUUUCAAACCUAUCAAGGGGGUGGUCUUAAAACAGAGAGGUCACAAUCCUUAGGUCAUUCUAAGAUUUAUGGGAAAAUUUGCUGCAGACAAAGAAAACACUCCCUGAUCUUUCUCCCAAGGCUGUAGGUCUUGAGGUUAGUCCCUCAACUCUCCCACCAGUGUCUCACUUUCUUGUUCCAGGAUGCCACUCGUACAACACACUGUGAGGUGUAGAAGAGGAGAAAGGGACCUGUGGAAAGAAGUCCCAUAGCCCUGCCCCAGGCUUCUUGCUGAAUGACAAUCCA